CGUCCGUCCGCGCACCGUCCCGUCCCCAGACCCCCCAGCACCAACCGAUCCCGGCUCGAGGGGGCAGUGUCUCAGAGAUUGAAUCCGGCUGUGGAGCGCUGCUAGAAGGGGGCCAGUCACUGCAUCGUUGAGUAAUCGGGAAAAGAUACAGAACCAACGUUUCAGACCGUUGGUUAAUGCAUGCCAACUAUAGGUCGACCGGACAGCUGAUCAUCAGACCCUGGCUUCGGCUUUUGCGUAAAGACGCGUAUUUGGGUCCUUUGGGAGCACUUCACCCCCCACCCACCCCCUGUCUGGUAGCUCAGGGAUUAGGGAGAGCGUACAGGUCGUUCAACUCUUUCCAGCAACUACUCCGUAGCCUCCAUCAGCAUGCUGUUCCCGGGACGGGACUUCGACGCGUGGACUUCUGCAAGAAUGCUGGCUGCCUUAAUGUUCAUUGCGCUCUGCAUCCAGCCCGGACACGGCCAGACGUGUGGCGAGGGCUUUGCUUAUGACCGCCGGGCAAGGCAGUGUGUAGACCUGGACGAGUGCCGCUCGCUGCCGGACGCGUGCCGCGGGGACAUGGUGUGUGUGAACCAGAACGGGGGCUACCUCUGCAUGCCCCGCGGCCAGUACAGCCAGUCCCACCGCCCAGAGCCCUACCGGCCCGAACCCUACUACCCAGAGCCCUACCGGCCCGAACCCUACCGCCCGGAGCCCUACGGCCCGGAGCCCUACCGGCCCGCGCCCGUCCCGGCCCUCCCCGAGGCCCCCUACCCCGACCCGGCGGCGGGCUACCAGGAGCCGUUCCGGCCCCCGGCCUCGGGCCCCGCGGAGCCCAGCUACCCCCGGGUCCGGAGCAACACGCCCUGCAUCCUGGGGUACGCCGUCGCCGAGGACGGCACCUGUAACGACAUCGACGAGUGUGAGGCCAGCUCCCACCAGUGCAACCCCACCCAGGUGUGCAUCAACACCGCGGGGGGCUACACCUGCUCCUGCACCGAGGGCUACUGGCUGGUGGCCGGGCAGUGCCAGGAUAUUGAUGAGUGUCGCUAUGGUUACUGCCAGCAGCUGUGUGCCAACACUCUGGGCUCCUACUCCUGUUCCUGUAGACCGGGUUUCCUCAUCAACGGAGAUGAACGCACAUGUCAAGACGUGGAUGAGUGUGAGGACGAGCCCUGUUCCCACGGCUGCCUCAACAGCUACGGCUCCUUCAUGUGCAACUGUGACGAGGGAUUCGAACUCGCGGCCGACGGCACCACCUGCAUCGACUUGGAUGAGUGUGGCUUCUCAGAGUACUUGUGCCAGCACAGGUGUGUGAACACACCGGGCUCCUUCUCGUGUGUGUGUCCACCCGGCUACUACGUGUUCGAGGACGAAAGGAGCUGCGAAGACAUCAAUGAAUGUGACACUGGUAACAACACCUGUACAACAGCACAAGUAUGUUUCAAUUUCCAGGGAGGCUAUACAUGCCUGGACCCCCUGCAAUGUGAAAUCCCUUACAUUGAAGUCGCUGACAAUCAGUGCAUGUGCUCAGCCGAGAACCCCCUGUGCCGGGACAAACCCUUCACCAUUCUGUACCGCCACAUGGACCUGUCGUCGGGCCGCACCGUGCCCGCCGACAUCUUCCAGAUGCAGGCCACCACGCGCUACCCUGGGGCCUUCUACAUAUUCAAGGUCAAGUCCGGCGAUGGAGACCGCGUCUUCUACAUGAGGCAAACCAGCAACGUGAGCGCCACGCUGGUGCUGUCCCGGCCCGUGUCGGGCCCCCAGACCAUAGUGCUAGACCUGGAGAUGACCACCGUCAACAACGUCAUCAACUUCCGCGGCAGCUCCAUCAUCCGCCUCACCGUCUUCGUGUCGGAGCACCCCUUCUGAGACACGCCCGCUCGGGCCACGCCCACCCAAACCCCGCCCACCGCACCCAG